AUGGAGUAUGGAAAUGGGGGAGACAAGAUAUUCGACUUGAAUUCAAUAAGUCGAGAGAAAUUGGAACUGGUGGAAGUUUUUUAUGAUAAAAUGAAGGAUACAACCAAUGCAAAUGCUUUAUAUUUAUACGCUUUGCAAAUAUUUAAAAUCUGUAACAUACAUAAUGAAUUGCCUCGAUUAGUAGUGUUUGGUCAACAGUCUAUGGGGAAAACUACGCUUUUAGAUUUUAUUAUGGGAGGACCCAUGGGGUAUACUAGUUCAGAUACAGGAACAAAACAACCAAUUGUUAUUAUAUUAAAACCAAGUGAUACAAACAAAAUAGAGUGUUUUUUAAAUAAGAAAAAAGUAAGCAUUGAUGAUUUACAUGAAAAAAUGAAGGCCAUUAUGGUAAAUUUAAAUGAAUCCAUUAUUCCGAAAGAAUUAGAAGUGGAAAUCUCCAUACCAGGUGGUAUUUACGCUACCUUUGUAGACUUGCCAGGAAUAAAAGAUGAUUCAAAGGCUGGUUCAGAAUUAACAAGAAAAAUUGUUCGUAAUUAUGUGCAAAAUUUUCCGAAUGAUAUUUACAUUCUAGUGAAGAAGGCAUCAGACGAUCCUGCCAAUUGGCCUUAUCAUCUAAGAGAGUUUUUUAUGAAACCAAAACCCAUGGGUUUGGGGCUCCAAAAUAAACAGUGUAUUGUUGUUGGAACGAGGGCGUUAGAAUUUUUGAACAACGAAUUGAGUACAAUUAAAACAUUGACAGAAUUAUACGAUAGGGUUAAAAAGAGGGGUAUUAUGGAUCAUAACGAUAACAUUUUAUCGCUAUAUUUAUUAGAACUAUUCUCCAUACCAAUUGAACAGAAGGAAAAAAAUGAUUUCCUAACCAAUCGAAUUUCUAUGUAUUCCAAGAUAUUAAAUGGAAGAAAAAAUGUGUUAGAUUUACUAUUAAAUAAAUUUGAAAAUGAUUGCAAUGAUUCCAUUAAGAAAGAAUUACUAGAUUGUUUUGAUGUAGAAAAAUUUAAACAAGAAGUGAAUAGCAAAUUUAUGAAUAUCCUAAUACAACAAUUACGUAAAGUGGAGGUAAAAUUAGAAAAAAAAAAAUCCAAGAUGGAUUUUUAUAAUAAAAAAUUAGAAGAGUUAUAUAAUAAGGGUAAUAUAUUAAGUAUAAGAGAACAAGUCAAAUUAUAUAUACGUGAAUUAGUUAAUAUCAUAUCGAACUUAUUAACAGGAAAUUACCCUAUUUUGAAUUUGCCAAACAAUGGGGAAGAUUUUUUAAAAAAAUAUGGUGGAACUUUAAUGGAAAAUUUAAAAGAUGGAAAUGAAUUAGCCAUUGAAUUAUUUGAAAAGCAGGGAUUAUAUGACGAAAAAUUUCUUAAUUAUUUAAAUGAAUAUUUAUAUAAAUAUGCAAAUGAAAAUGAUUUAAAUAAAUCAAUGUCAUCUGAAUUUAAUUAUAACAUAAAUAAUGGAUUAAAAAAUUUAAACAACAGUUUGGAUGAUGAUGAUAGCAGUAAUAACAUAAAUAAAAGAACGGAUACAUACGAUACUUUAAAUGAUAUGGAAAAAAAGAAUUUUGAUAAUAAUACACCUGCAUUGGUUGGAGGACAACCAGUACGAUUUAUUUUAGCCAAAGAGGAGAGUAGCAUGUUUGGGAUUGUUCAAAAUACACCAACAGAUGCAAAAAGUAAAAAUAUAUUAGUCAGCUUUUAUUUUCGAAACAGUAAUACAGAAGAACAAGUACAAAUUAAAUCUGUUGAGAAGGAUAGAUUAACAGUAAUUAAAGCAGUGGAAACGUUAAAUGGUGAUCCUUCUUUUCUAAACGGAUUACAAGUUUGGUACAAAAUGGUAAGAGAUGAUGGAUGGGUUGGAUUCGAUAAGGCAGAAAUUAUUAAGGUGUUUAAUAAUAAUAGCAAAAUUAAAGAUGUACUUAUAAGAAAUUUGUCAAAAAAUGAUGAAGUCAUAUCCAUAAAAAUUAAUGAUUUAUACAUGGAUUAUGUAAUUGAUGAAAAUAAAGAAAAUGAAGAAAAUGAAGAAAUGAAAGAAAAUGAGGAGGAUGAAGAUAUACUUAAAAGAAUUGCAGGACCACAUACCGAUUUAAAAAUACUAAAUCAGCUAGCCAUUACAUAUAUUUGCAAAUGGCUCAAAUAUAAUAUUGCAAAAAUAGAACCUGAAAAAGAUUUCUCAGAUGAAGUAUUACUACAAAUGAUGAGAAGUAUUCACAAUAUCGUUGAUCAAAGUGAUUGGAAACCAUUAGUAGUUGAUCUUCUUCAAGCAAAUAUAAGUGGAAACAUUUUACAUUUAACAAAAUUAGCUAGUUGCUCAGCAGCUGUAGCAUUAAAUAGAGUAUUCAAAGCUGGUUUAGGAGAAAUUAAUAGAAAAAUUAAAAAUAACUACAUGGAUGAAAAUAUAUAUCUCUUAAGCACAAAUCCGAAAUUUCUUGACGAAUUAAAUCAAGCAUUACAUAAUUUCUGUAAAGAAAGAGCAAUUAGUUGCGCGAGCGAAAUGAAAGACAUUGUUUUUGAACAAACAUAUGCAGUGCAUUUUGAAAUCAUAGAAGAAAUAUUUGAUGGAUGUAAACUUUUUGAAGAUAAUUUCCUCACACCCAGCGGCGUGAAACCAACAAUGUCCAUAAUUACAAAAAAUGUCAAACAAAAUCUAGCAUACAGAAAUCAUCAGUUAUCAUUAACAGAUAUUAAAAUUAAUAAAAAAUCAAAAUCAAAGGAACUAAUACAAGAAGAGGUGAAGUUGCAGUUCUGGGCCAUAAAAAUGCUCAUAUCCGUACCUUUUGCAACGAAAAUUUAUGCCCAUUUUUUAAAUAACAUUUUACCAAAAAAUAAACAUUUAGCGAAUGUUCUGGAUUAUUCUAUUGACUGCGAGAGCAUUUUGGAAAAAUAUAUUCAAAGCAAGCUCCUCAAUAGGGAAAUAAAUGGUGUCCUAGUCCCAAUAGACGACAAGGAGUUAAUGUCACACUACAACAUCAUCGAUAACAGAGAUAACAUUUUGAGAAAACUUGAAAACCAAAAGAGACUGAACCAAUACUUUACUAUUGUUUCAAAUUCGAUCAAAUUACUAAAAAAUAAUUUAUCCAAGGAAAGCACACUUGACUUUGUAACCAAAUUAGAUUUUGGCCAAGAAAAUAAAAAAAAUUGGCAUCGAUUAGAUUCCUAUGAAGAUUGA